AUGGUGGCCUCUCCAGAUCGUUUCAUGACCUCUCCACAUCAUUUGGUGAUCUCUAUGGAUCGAAUGGUGGCCUCUCCAAAUCAUUUCAUGACCUCCCCACACCAUUUGGUGAUCUCUAUGGAUCGAAUGGUGGCCUCUCCAGAUCGUUUCAUGACCUCCCCAGAUCGCUUGGUGAUCUCUAUGGAUCGAAUGGUGGCCUCUCCAGAUCGUUUCAAGACCUCCCCACAUCAUUUGGUGAUCUCUAUGGAUCGAAUGGUGGCCUCCCCAGAUCGCUUGGUGAUCUCUAUAGAUCGAAUGGUGGGUUCUCCAGAUCGUUUCAGGACCUCCCCAAAUCGCUACGUGAUCUCUAUAGAUCGUCGGUUGACCUCUUCAGAUCAUCUAGUGACCUCCCCAGAAGGCCUAGUAACCUUUCCAGAUUGUCUGGUGACAUCUCCAAAUCGCUAA